UAUCGAGUCGCCCGUUAAAAACUACAUUUCCUGUAAUGUGACGUCACUUUUUGCGGCCACAAUGAUGCUUUGAGUCUCCAAGAUGGCGGCGUUCGGAAGGAGGCGCGGUGUCCCAGCCAACAGGGAGAGGGGAACGAUGGCCUCGACAGACUGCUACAUUGUGCACGAGAUUUACAACGGGGAGAACGCUCAGGACCAGUUUGAGUACGAGUUGGAGCAGGCCCUGGAAGCCCAAUACAAGUACAUAGUGAUCGAGCCCACGCGCAUCGGUGAUGAGACAGCACGCUGGAUCUCCGUGGGGAACUGCCUGCACAAGACGGCAGUGCUGUCGGGCCUGGCCUGCCUGCUGGCGCCCCUCUCCCUGCCGGUUCAGUAUUCGCGCUAUGUGGCACUGCCCGCCGGCGCACUCACUGUGGCCUGCGCCGCCCUCUAUGGCAUCUCCUGGCAGUUCGACCCCUGCUGCAAGUACCAAGUGGAGUACGACAGCCAAAAACUCUCGCGCCUGCCACUGCACACGCUCACCUCAUCCUCGCCGGUGGUGCUGGUGAGGAGGGACGACGUGCACAGAAAGAGACUUCAUAACACGAUAGCACUGGCCACGCUGGCCUACUGUGUCAAGAAGAUCUAUGAACUUUACAUUCUAUGAUUCUCUUUUUUAAAAAAAAAAAAAUCUGAAUCGCAAACACGGUAAAAACAGGAAAGGCCAAAACACAGAAAUUCCCCACAAAAAAGACCUGAGUUCAGUAGCCUUUUGGUGCCAGUGGAAACUGCUUAAGAUAAUGAUUUUUUUUUUGGUUUGUCUUCAAACAUUUUGUGCACUGAUUGACAUUAUAUAAAGCCCAUAUAUAUAUAUAUAUUUGCUUUCACCCAUAGCAUCUUCCCCCAUGUCACCCCCAAACUUGGGGGAAGUACCUUGAAGUUAAAUUGUGACAGUGACAAUUAAAUGGACACAUUAACAUGUUAAGGAUUAACAGACAGCUGCAGCUGUCUGUCCUUCUUAGAUGUUUUCUUGUACCCUGGUCAGAAAGUCACCUCUCCAUUAAAAUGUAGGAUAUUUAAA